CAACCGCGGUUUAUUUGUUUUGUGAAAGUUCGGUUGUAAUUUACAUUUCAGCGCAUGUAAAUGUAAAAAAAAUUGAUUUACACGUGAGCUGCCUUACGAAAUAAAUUUUAAUGUUAAAACGUAAGACGGACUUUAUUUGGAGCAUGUUUUUGUUUAAAAUGUGUAGAGACGACUAACGCUUCUAGUAUAAAAUAUGGAUGUCUGUAUAUAUAAGCUGUAUAUAGUCUCGAAUAAAAAGUAUUGAACAUCGAUAAUGCUAAUGUAAGAGAGUGGAUAAAUCAAACAUGGAUCAGACACUUGUCACUGGCUUGUAACAAAGUAGCAGACGACAUUCAAAUAACGCCAUCGGAUAAAACGAAGCUGGAAAAUUGCAGCAUAUAUUCAUGUUCUAUUGUGCUUUAUAAACGUCACGUAUCUAUGGCAACGCAAUAUUGCGAAAAAAGACAUUAAGAUUGCUUUAUAGUGCCGUUGAUGGUAUUGAUAAGGAAUUAAAAUAUUAAAUUUGACGAGAAAAUGAUAAAUAUUUGAAAUUUUAACACGAUUAUAUUUCAGAUAAGUGAAUCCGGGAUAAUUGUAGACUGAUAGAUAGAAAAUGACGUUAAGUGAACUACGUAAAAACUGCUGCAAAGAUGUUUGUUCUAUUUUCACAUUUCUGCAGUGAAUAUUUUGAUCUAUUUCUGCACGGUGUUUACAAAAUCAUUUAAAGAUGAGUGGAUAUAAGAGAAUAACGACAUGCAUGUAGCCUAGAGGGCUCGUUAGCAGACUUGUCUGACAUCUCUACAAAGUUAUCAUAUUGAAUUAAGAGUUGACCACAACAAGAGGCUGGCUCAAUGAGAAUGAAAAUGUUAUCCCGUAAAGACUUAGCCAUCAUACAUGACCCAAAACCCGUGACCCGGAUAGACUUUGGUGAUCACUAUCCGGAAGGUGGGUGGGGUUGGACUAUAGUCGGCGCGGCCACACUUGUCUAUGUUUUGUGUCAUGGAAUACACUUUGCCUUUGGAACUCUGCUGAUUAAAAUAAAGGAAAUAUCAACACAACAGUUUAAAACUGAAAUAGACAUCAUAGAUGCAGUAUGGCUGGGCAGUAUCGGAAUCAGUAUAUCCAUGAUGCUUUCUCCAAUAAUAACAACAAUAUGCCGACGGAAAAGUCCGCGACUCUAUGCCGUGAUUGGAGGACUGGUGAUCUCCCUUGGAAUCCUGUUUAUGUCUUUCUCUAAGUUAUUAGAACAAUUAUUCAUCAGUUACUGUUUGGUGCUAUCCGUCGGUUCUGGGAUCACGAUAAAUACCGCUAACAUCAUGGUUGGCCGUUACUUCCGUUGCAGACGAGAGUUUGCGGAGAUGAUAAUGUUGGCGGGAACUGGUGGCGGCGCUGCUCUUGUCGCUUAUAUCAUAGAUGAAUUGAUGAAGAAACUUGAAUGGAAUCACGCAAUGCAGUCAAUCGCCGGGUUAUCAGCUAUUACUAUGAUUGCCGGUGCCAUGUACAGGUCGGCGUCCCUUUAUCAUCCACGUAGAAAUGUUAUUCUUCAUAUCAAAAACCAAAAGAAGUGCCGUCGGGAAAGAGACCAGGAGAAACCGUCCUAUUUUGACUUCGCAGCGCUAAAGAUGCGGGCAUUACAGGGUAUAAUGGUGAUGGUGGCAAUCAUAGGAUUGGGCAUGCAUACACCGUAUAUACUUAUGCUUCAAACAGCCAAAACAAGAGGUAUAGAUGAAGAUUCACUCGUUCUUUUGAAUGUUUUCUUGGGCUUAGGAUAUCUUCUCGGCUGUUUCAUAUUUGGCUACAUUGUGAUUCGAAACAGUAACGAGUGUUCCAUAAGCAGACGACAUCUAACACAAUCAUGUGCACUUGCUAGUGGUGCAAGCACGCUGUUGUUCAUCAUGGCACGUGACUUCCACGCAUUCGCGCUCUACGCGUGGUUAUACGGGAUCUCGUCUGGAGGUUAUUACUACACUGUGAAAAUGUACACUUACGGGAUUGUGAAAGAGCGGAUUAUGGAAAGAGGGUGGGGGUUCGUCAAUGCUGCUCAAUUCUUGUCCUUCCUCCUUGGACCCCCGCUUGCCAUAUAUCUCAACGAGUCUUACAACAGUGAUGUUGCAUGUUACAUAUUCUCCGGUAUCAUUAUGAUCGUUGGUGGUCUAAUGUUCUACUGUAUGCCGCUCUUUGAACGACAUCAAUCUAAUAUGGAUAUUGUUCAGCGCUACCAGAGCGCAUGCUCCAAAAACACAACGGAAGCGGCCGCUCUUCUCGACCUUGACCUUACAAAUGCGAUGGUGACGAAACCAUUGAACAAUGUGCAGUUUAUUGUUUCACCAUCGCGGAUGAAACAUAAUCAAGGAAGUAAGGACGCCAGUAAGAUUCAAAUGCAGUGCUUUAUACAACACAGAGAUAAAGAAAAGCCAAAACAAAUAGUGCUUUCAAGAAUUACCGAAGAGAAAGAAGGCCUUCGGUUGGAUUUUAACGAAAUUUCAUACGUGAGUAAUUCAAACUCUAAGUCGUGUUCAGACAGUAGUGGGAGGAGAAAGAGUGUUUCAGACCGCGAUUUUUCAAUUCCUCUGUGUGAGAAUCAUUGCGCGGACAUUCCUUCAGACAGCGUUGCUUCUCACCACACGGACAAAUCGUGCAAAGGAUCACACGCUUCUCGUGCAGAGGGAAAAUUCCGUCGAAGUUCGGACAAUGUGAAAUUGGAAUUCUUUGAUCCUCCUAGUCAGGAAAAAGAAUCCACAGCGACUGUUUCAUAUGACAGUGAUCUGUACAUAAAUCUUUGUGAAGCUCAAGUUUAAAUUUCUAUGUUUCUCAAGAGUGAAUCUCUGUAUAUUUUGAAUGUUAUAUAUGCUUUAAGUGGAGCCAUAUAUGUAUUUAAGAAUUAUGUUUAUAUAUUUCAUAAGAUCAUGUUUAAUGAGGUACACGUUCACAUGUUGGCUGAAUUGUGUCAUAUUCAAAUUGUAAUCUAGCGUCAUAUGAGUACAUAGAUUGUCGUUUGGAGUUAUAUACAGAUUGUCGUCUGGCGGGAUGAAAAAAGUGAAAUGGCACAAAAUUGCCACCAUACAUUUAGUACUUUGUGCUGUUUUUUCAGCGACAGGAGCAUAAUUUAUCAGAUUUACUCCUGCUAUACAAACAUAAUUAUGAUAUACAAAAUUGCUUCCUUUUUAAAAAAAAAUGGUAGAAUGUUAAAAUGUUUUAUUUCUUUAUGUUUUGUUAUAAAAAUAUUUGUGAAUUUUUAUUUGUUGUAGGACAAAAUUGAUUGAAAUCAUAUCUAUCUUGAUAUUUUCAAUCUAAAAUGAUAGGAUUUCGCAUUGUUUUGUUGCUGUACAUGUUUAUUUAUCUAAGUAAUAUUAACAGAUUGACGAAGUUCAUCAACUUCUUUGGUACUAUCUUGAAACUUAGAAGUUGGAUAUUUUUAUGAACAUGAAUUUCACAUCAAGGAUUCGAUGAUAAAACGCCAAUGACUGUCUUCAGUAUAAGACGUUUGGCUGAUAAACUUAGGUACAUGUAUUUUAUAUAUUAUAAAUGGAUGUCAUAAAAAUAGAAUAUUUCUUCAAGUGAAGUUAUCCCUUUUCAAAGUCUUGAUAGUUAAGUUCAUAAAAUUGACACUUACUAACUUAAUAUCAUAUCAAAGUUAAAUAGAGCUUAAUUUCAGUUUCUAGGUUCUUCUUAAAACAUCUCAUUGAAAGCUUAUUUUUAUCAUCAUACUGAGAAAUCGGACAGUUGCAUGAUUUCUUCCAAAGUUUUAUUUAAAACUUAUUAGGAUGUAAAGAAAUAUAUACCUGUACAGAUUCUAUGAAGGGAAUGUGGCGCACAGUAACAAAGGGAAGAUACUCAUAGUAAAUUUCACAGAAAUAGUUUCCGAUUUACCUCCCAUUCAAAUGGUCAAAUGGUGUUAUUUACAAAAAAGAAUAUUGAGCCUAUGAUAUUCUUAACCAUUAUUCUUAAUGGAUUUUUUUUCAUUUAUAGUAGAUGUGUAAAUUUAUUUCAUGUUUGAUGAGACUCUGGUGGAAUAUUAUCGAAGAAAACAUGUUUAUUUUUAUAUUGUUAUAGAUGUAUAUUAUAUUACAUAUAAUAUGCAUUUCGUUAUGCGUUAUCUUUUAUUUAUCGCAUGGCUGUGAGCUUUUCCUUUGUUCUUUCCAACCCAUUAUACUCAGUACACUUCAAUGAGCAUUUCAAAACUGUAUUGAUAUAUAACAGUACAGUUUUUUCAUUGAUUCAUAUAGGAAAAAAAACUGUACUGUUAUAUAUCGGUCUAGUUUUUUACGCACCUUGUAUAUAUCAAUACAGUUUUUUCAUAGAGGCUCCAAAUGGGGCAGUGGUAACGACCAUUCCCAGUAGUAAAAAAAAACCCAUAAGAUAAUAAAAAAUGAAAUCAAUAAAAUAUAAUAUAAUAAAUAUAUAAAUACAAUGAAAAAUAUAAACAAAGAUAAUUAAUGAAAUGAAAAAAGCCCUUUAAUUUCAAAUCAAUCUUGUUAACAGUAUACAAUCCGCCUCUUAUAUUUGAUGUCUUUUGAAUAUUUUUUUGCGGCAGCUGCCUUAUGAUAAAUAACUGUAAUGUAGAUAACGAUUAAUUUAUUUAUUUGUUUCUACACAAAAAAGAAAACAUUAUGCCAUUGCGAUAAAACAGUUAUAGUAUACGAAACUCGUUAGUUACGGGGGUAUAACACUGGCUGGGGCGACAUCUCGGGAUGUUUCUGCAAAAAAAUGUCUCGGCCUAACGGCCUCGCCAUUUUUUAGCAGAAACACCCCUUGAUGUCGCCCCAGCCAGUGUUAUACCCUCGUAACUAGCUCGUUUCAUAUACUAUAACUAUUACGUAAAAGAAAGCUCCAUUGUUUUGUUUGAAAGUCUGGGCGACUUCACGUGUCUGGAAUUGUAUGUGCCGGUAUGGGGAAAGGGAGGGGGGGCAGUCUUGUAGAAGGAAACGCUUUGUGGGUAUAAAAAAUAUUUGAUAAAGAACAAAAACAUAGUUUUGUUGCAAACCUUUGUUUCUAACAUAAUUCACACAUGCUACAAGAUUAAAAUGUGACAUAUAGAUAUUGGCCUAAAAAGUGAAAACACUACUGUAAGAUUUAUACAAUGUAUUUGUUUGUUUUUUAGAAUGAUAUGGAAUAUUUUUAUUUUUGGCCUAAAUUGUCACGUGAUAUCUAAGAGGUCGCUUGGUAAAAGGACAGGUUCAGGUUAUUUGAAUAUUCAAUAACUUUCUACACAAUUUGGUUUUAACCAAGCUAAACCUGGAAUAGCUUUCUUUAUUGCUUACAAUAUAUGAAAUACCUCCACUAAACACUACUUUUGAAAGAUGACUGUUGAUUGCAUCAUCAUCAUCAUCAUCAUAAUCAUCAUCAUCAUCAUCAUCAUCAUCAUCAUCAUCAUGAUUAUCAUCAUCAUAAUCAUAAUCAUCAUCAUGAUUCUCAUCACCAUAUACUUAAUUAUAUUCAAAUAAUCCUACAUAGCUACUGACUGUAAUAAAACUAGGUCAUCAGAGUAGUGUCAGGAUAGCCUGCAAACUAUGUUGUUUUGACUGACUACCAUGUUACCUAUUCGAAAUAAUCUGCUUUCACUCUUACAGUGAAACCCUGAAAAUUGUCAGUUUAGUGGUUCAAGUUCAAACCAGGUCAAAUCCGUUUACUUUAAUUAAGCGUGGUAAAGGAUUAAAAUGUUUUAGGAAAAGUGCUUAAAUGUUUAUAGAUGUAAAUAUUUGAUCACCUUUCGGGUAUUUUUAAAGUGUGAAAAUUAUAUAUUGACUGGUAUAACAUAUAUGAAAAGCUUGAAACCCGCUUAAAAGUCUUUAUAAUACAAACUCUAUAUAUAGCCAAUAGCUUUCUGCUUCUUAUUUUCAUUUUGUACGGAAGUGAUUCUAGAAACUGGUAAGCGGGCUUGUAUGACAUCAUUGAUAAAAUUACUGAAGUGGUCUUAUUGUCGAAAUAUUUUCCUAUUUAAUUCUUAUUGCUCACACUUUUCACACAUAAAAUCUUACUUCCUAUUUAUUUUAAAAUAUUUUGUUGUAGUGUUAAUAGUUUUUUGGAGAUAAUGCUCUUCCACUGUGAUCACAUAUAGUGGAUUGAAGUAUCUUUCAUGAGUACAAAGAUUAAGAAGGAAAAAUUUUAGUGGUGUUUAACCUCUAAAGACAUUUGAGCCGCGUCACGACAAAACCCACACAGUGCGUUUGCGACCAGCUUGGAUCCAAACAUCCUGCCCUGCGCACCCGCGCAGUCUGAUCAGCGAUCCAUGUUGUUCGCUAUCAGUUUCUCUACUUGUUAUAGGGUUUGUAAGCGAACAGCAUGGAUCCUGAUCAGACUGCGCGGAUGCGCAGGCUGGUCUGGAUCCAUGCUGGUCACACACGCGCUUUGUUGGUUUUGUCGUGACGCGGCUUAUCUAUGUAAAUAUAUACAUGUAUAUAAUGUUGUAUAGUUCACGUGCUGUGAUUGUUAUUCAUUGCUGCAGUGCUUCAUGUAUCUUGUGUAAAUAAUGAGAGAUUCCUAAUAAAAUUGUGAUUUUAUUUUAGAAACAUUUUUAUCAUUUAGCUGAAUGUUUAAAUUUGUAGUAGUGCUGUAUGUUCAAAAACUGUCGAUCAUCGAUUUAGAUUGGGUUUAUACAGGGUAUGUUCUUUCUAACUAAUGGAUUUAAUUAAGAAAAAUAUAUUAAAGCAUUUGAUUUUUUUUACAAAAUGUUAAGUAUUAUGAAAUACUUUAAUUAAUGCUGAUUUUCAAAGUUGAAAAUUUCUCAGCCUUUCUUCAUCGUUUUGUAGUACCUAUAUACAGUAGAUAAGAUAUUCAUUUACAUACUACAGAUAUUUUUCCUCCAUCAAAGAUUUGGUGGCAGUUCUUUUCACAUACCAAACAUGAUUAAUUUUAUAUCUUUACAUCUAAUAUAUCAUAAAUGCACGAGAUCUAUUUUGUACACAGACAGACGGGCGGAUAUGUUUUGCAUACAGCAUUGCUACAAAUGUCAAGUGAAGUUAGACUAUAUACUUGCUCCAGUUAUAUUUUGCUAUUAAAAUAAUUCUGACAGUGCUGAAUGAAAUAAAUAUUCUUUAUAUAUAAACAUGAAAUAAAUUCUGUCAGAAAUCUUCAAAUAAAAGUGUAAUUAAUA